AUGAUGGCAGUGGGAACAGCUGUGAUUGGCUCCCUGCAGUUUGGCUACAACACAGGGGUCAUCAAUGCUCCCCAAAAGGUGAGUGAGAAAUGGCCAAUUUCAAAUGGCACCCUAAUCCCUAUAUGGUGCAUAUUUUUGGACAGAGCCAUAGAGGCCCUGUAUAGAGAAUAAAGUUACAUUUUGGACGCAGAUUCUAUGUUUGUGACCCGUAGAAGCCUGUCCAAAUCCAUUGAAUGUAAAGACAGUAUUCUUCCUAUUCUUUCUUGACACCCCUGACUAGCUCAGCAGGUUAUGUUCCUCAGAGAUGCAUACAGUGGGGAAAAAAAGUAUUUAGUCAGCCACCAAUUGUGCAAGUUCUCCCACUUAAAAAGAUGAGAGAGGCCUGUAAUUUUCAUCAUAGGUACACGUCAACUAUGACAGACAAAAUGAGAAUUUUUUUCUCCAGAAAAUCACAUUGUAGGAUUUUUUAUGAAUUUAUUUGCAAAUUAUGGUGGAAAAUAAGUAUUUGGUCACCUACAAACAAGCAAGAUUUCUGGCUCUCACAGACCUGUAACGUCUUCUUUAAGAGGCUCCUCUGUCCUCCACUCGUUACCUGUAUUAAUGGCACCUGUUUGAACUUGUUAUCAGUAUAAAAGACACCUGUCCACAACCUCAAACAGUCACACUCCAAACUCCACUAUGGCCAAGACCAAAGAGCUGUCAAAGGACACCAGAAACAAAAUUGUAGACCUGCACCAGUCUGGGAAGACUGAAUCUGCAAUAGGUAAGCAGCUUGGUUUGAAGAAAUCAACUGUGGGAGCAAUUAUUAGGAAAUGGAAGACAUACAAGACCACUGAUAAUCUCCCUCGAUCUGGGGCUCCACGCAAGAUCUCACCCCGUGGGGUCAAAAUGAUCACAAGAACGGUGAGCAAAAAUCCCAGAACCACACGGGGGGACCUAGUGAAUGACCUGCAGAGAGCUGGGACCAAAGUAACAAAGCCUACCAUCAGUAACACACUACGCCGCCAGGGACUCAAAUCCUGCAGUGCCAGACGUGUCCCCCUGCUUAAGCCAGUACAUGUCCAGGCCCGUCUGAAGUUUGCUAGAGUGCAUUUGGAUGAUCCAGAAGAGGAUUGGGAGAAUGUCAGAUGAAACCAAAAUAGAACUUUUUGGUAAAAACUCAACUCGUCGUGUUUGGAGGACAAAGAAUGCUGAGUUGCAUCCAAAGACCACCAUACCUACUGUGAAGCAUGGGGGUGGAAACAUCAUGCUUUGGGGCUGUUUUUCUGCAAAGGGACCAGGACGACUGAUCCGUGUAAAGGAAAGAAUGAAUGGGGCCAUGUAUCGUGAGAUUUUGAGUGAAAACCUCCUUCCAUCAGCAAGGGCAUUGAAGAUGAAACAUGGCUGGGUCUUUCAGCAUGACAAUGAUCCCAAACACACCGCCCGGGCAACGAAGGAGUGGCUUCGUAAGAAGCAUUUCAAGGUCCUGGAGUGGCCUAGCCAGUCUCCAGAUCUCAACCCCAUAGAAAAUCUUUGGAGGGAGUUGAAAGUCUGUGUUGCCCAGCGACAGCCCCAAAACAUCACUGCUCUAGAGGAGAUCUGCGUGGAGGAAUGGGCCAAAAUACCAGCAACAGUGUGUGAAAACCUUGUGAAGACUUACAGAAAACGUUUGACCUGUGUCAUUGCCAACAAAGGGUAUAUAACAAAGUAUUGAGAAACUUUUGUUGUUGACCAAAUACUUAUUUUCCACCAUAAUUUGCAAAUAAAUUCAUAAAAAAUCCUACUGGAAAUCCUUCUGGAUUUUUUUUUCUAAUUUUGUCUGUCAUAGUUGACGUGUACCUAUGAUGAAAAUUACAGGCCUCUCUCAUCUUUUUAAGUGGGAGAACUUGCACAAUUGGUGGCUGACUAAAUACUUUUUUCCCCCACUGUAGGUCUCCUACCCAAAGGUGCCGUAAUGCAUGUCCGACGGAUUGCAUCUCAUCUCUCCAGCAGGAGCCCUGCCAGGUCAAUCAAAGGUGAUACAUCACAUUCAUGUAGGAUCUUUGACUGACAUGGUGAGACUCGCUGGUGAGAGGAGAUUAGAUGCAGCCCUUCUACUGAAUUUAACACUUGGCUAAGUGACAGUCUGGCAGAUAUACUAGAGAGACUCUGGUACUGUAUGUACUUUACUCCAGCAGCUUCUUAAGAAUGUUACUUGAGGUUUCACUGACGCUGUCACGUGAAUUUCUAUCUCUAAUUCAACCUAAGCUUGAAUCAUUACCAGAGGUUGUAAGGCUCUGGUUUUAAUCAUCAAUGAUUCAAGGUCCACAACUCACAAGUCUUUCUGUAUUUUUAUUCAUGGAGAGAGCUCUCCUGCCAAAGACACAACAUACUGUUUUUAUACUUCUUGACAAACAAAGGCACUAUGCUCCUCCCACCUUUAGGUGGCUUUCUUAAACAGUUCCCGCCUUCCCCCUUGAAUGGUUAGUACCGCCCCCUCUGUUAGUGGGUUGACACUACAUGAUAAUUCUAACAUUUAUACUGUGUUUGGGGUGAAAUUCUUUAGUCAUUAUUCUUAAAAUCCAAAUUAAUCUAACAGACGCCUGCUCUGUUAAUAAGAAUGUGUAUUACUGUGUGAGUGCGUGUACUUACAUAUGUGUGUGUGUGUGUGAUUUGGGAGGUGUAAGGCGAUCGGUGAAUCCUGGAGCCUCUUCAGGACACCUGAGCACAUGAGCACUGUAAAUAGUUGCAUAGAUUAAAGAUUACAGGAGGUGUGUAGGCCAGUGAGGUAACUACUAGGAUCCAAGCCUCUUUGAUACUUUGUUAUGCAAGGCGUGUAAUUGCCUCCACGGUCUGGGGUGGAAAGUCACCAUCUAUUAUAGCGAAUUCCAGUAACUUUCCCAAAAUUCCCAGGUUUUCCUGAAAUCCCGGUUGGAGGAUUCAAAUAUUUUCAUCUUAUUCCAGGAAGCCUCCAACUGGGAAGUUUGGGAAAGGUUUACCAUUGUGAUCAGUUCACUAGAGGUGUGUCCAUUACACGUGGCAGAGAUAACGAGGAUUAUUGUCAAAUUCACAGGAUUAAAGGAAAGGGGAGGCUAGAGGAGUGUAACUGAGUUGUCCCAUGAACGAGUGCCUUUUGCGUCCCUCUGAUAUUUGAAGUAGAAAUUGUGCACCAAUAUUGAAUUUUAAAAGCCUGUUAUAUUAAAUGAAGUGCCCUUUAAUAUAGACCACAUGGAAAAUUCUAUAAAUCUCAUUCAGCAUUUUGACAUGUCCUUCCGUGCACCCUUUGUGACUUCUAGGAAGGUUUUAACCCACUUAACGAAAAAUGUCACCAUGUCAUUGGAUUUAGUUUCAAAGUUGGGUGAAAAGAAUACGAAAUUCCCUUACGUUGAUGACUUUUUUCAAAUCCAAUCAGUUUUCCACGUUGAUUCAACGUCAUCACAUUUACUUUUUUUGUUGAAAUGAUGUGGAAACAUCUUUGAUUCAACCAGUUUCUGCCCAGUGAGCUGAGUAUUACAUAGUCAGAGACCCAGGGCAUAUUCUUUGGAGGGCAAUAAACUCUGCCUGACUCAUGCGUAUAUCAACGGCACCCUGACUUUUGUUUGUCAACAUGAAGUCCUCUAAUGAACUAUCUUGCUUCCUGAAUCUCCGGUGCUCUGAUGUUUCGUCACUGAUUAUUUGGACAAAUCACGAUUUCACAGAUGUUCACAUCGUUCCAAUUGCGGAAGGGGAGGGGACAUUUGGCCCAUACUUGCCCGUAACUUGCAAAGAGAGGGGAGUGGAGCUACCGCCCUACUUCCGCUCCUCGUUCUGGUAUCUUUUAUAACACGUCUGCCCCUAGAAUUUAAACAAGCAUCCGACUCAAUUAUGCAAGAUUUUAGUUCUGUGCAAUAUCUAUAAUUUCACUGUAUAGUUGGUAAUUUACUAUGAAGUGAAUUGUGACUGUAUGUAUGUAUGAUAAUUAUAUUAUUUAACGUCUCCAUCAACCUUCAAUGAUGACUAUAGUUAAUAUAUGUUCUUCAUGUGUUAUGUUGUAUUGUACCGUAGAUCAUCGAAGGCUUCUUGAAUGACACGUGGAACAGCAGGUACUCUGAGCCCAUCCCUACGACAUCCCUGACCACCCUGUGGUCCAUCUCCGUAGCCAUCUUCUCUGUCGGGGGCAUUUUCGGCUCCUUCUCCGUGGGCCUGUUCGUCAACCGCCUGGGCAGGUAAAACUGCAGUGUUAAUGUAUUUUAGGCUGGUAUUCACAUUAAAAGGGUGUGGUAAUCAGUGGCGAGUUUAGCAUGUCAAUCUUGGUGGGGCAAACUCAAAUAUUAUGUUUUUGAUGCAAGCCAGCAAAGACACUACACAACACUAAACAAUACAUUAAUUGCGCUAUAAUGGUGACAAAUGGUGCCCACAAACUGUUAGGGCCUACAUAAUGCUGUCACAACAGCAGAGUCCCAACAGCAGUCCCAACAUCUUACCACUGCUACAACUGGCUAUCAGCGGAGCCUUGUCUGGCAGCGAAACAGUUAAUUCAGCCUCAUUUACUGCCUUUAAAAAAAACAUAGCUGGAAUCACUGGCUUGCUUAAACAAAUGUGGUUUCUACUGACAAUUGAGAUGUACAAACUAUGGCAUAAGGGGAAGACGAGCGGAUAAGAGGCAAUCCAUAAUUUCGAUUAAGACAUUAAUGAGCGAGCUAGGACGGACGUAGUCAAUAUAACUAUUUGUUCAGCCCUUUUGAAAUGUACAGCGACAGAAUCCAGAACAUGGGCCCUUCUUACAGUAUUAUCCCUGUACCAGUCAGAACCGUAGGAUAAAUAAAGGGGGCAUAUUAGCAGACAAUGAAAGCUCUUACAAUAUUAGAUGAUGACAUUUCUCUAAAAAGUGCCUUGCAAAAGUAUUCAUCCCCCUAGGCGUUUUUUCCUAUUUUAUUGCAUUACAACCUGUAAUUUAAAUUUAAUUUUAUUUGGAUUUUAUGUAAUGGACAUGCACAAAAUAGUUCAAAUUGGUGAAGUGAAAUGAAAAAAAUUACUUGUUUAAAAGAAUUAUACAAAAUAAAUAACGGAAAAGUGGUGCGUGCAUAUGUAUUCACCCCCUUUGCUCUGAAGCCCCUAAAUAAGAUCUGGUGCAACCAAUUACCUUCAGAAGUCACAUAAUUAGUUAAAUAAAGUCCACCUGUGUGCAAUCCAAGUGUCACAUGAUCUGUCACAUGAUCUCAGUAUAUAUACACCUGUUCUGAAAGGCCCCAGAGUCUGCAACACCACUAAGCAAGCGGCACCACGAAGACCAAGGAGCUCUCCAAACAGGUCAGGGACAAAGUUGUGGAGAAGUACAGAUCAGGGUUGGGUUAUAUAUAUAUCAGAAACUUUGAACAUCCCACGGAGCACCAUUAAAUCCAUUAUAAAUUUUUUAAAAUAAUAUGGCACCACAACAAACCUGCCAAGAGAGGGCCGCCCACCAAAACUCACGGACCAGGCAAGGAGGGCAUUAAUCAGAGAGGCAACAAAGAGACCAAAGAUAGAGCUAGUUCCCAGUUGUCUUGAACCCACUGAAGUCUGAGAUUUCCCAGUUCCAAGUUUCCAGUUGUUUUGAAUGCAGCAGAAGUGAUGCUGUAUUGACAGCAUGGCCAAUGUUUUCAAACUUUUCUGGCCCAUGGCGUUACCCCCUUUUUCGUGAUAUCCAAUUGGUAGUUACGAUCUUGUCACAUCGCUGCAACUCCCCUACCGACUCGGCGAAGGUCGAGAGCCAAGUCGCACUGCUUCUUGACACACUGCUCGCUUAACCCGGAAGCCAGCCGCACCAAUGUGUUGGAGGAAACAUUCGACCUGACGAUCAAAUUCAGCUUGCAGAAGCCUGGCCCGCCACAAGGAGUCUCUAGAGCACGAUGAGACAAAGACAUCCCGGCCGGCCAAACCCUCCCCUAACCUGGACGACGCUGGGCCAAUUGUGCGCCGCCUCAUGGGUCUCCCGGUCACAGCCAGCUGUGACACAGCCUGGGAUCGAACCCAGGGCUGCAGUGGCGCCUUAGCACUCCUUGUUGAAUUUGUGAUUUCCAACUUGUUGUGUAAUGUUUAUGUCCAAUGGCUGAUGAGCACCAAUACGUUUUAUCUAUAUUUUAUCUUCAUAUGACAAGGAUUGAAAAGGAUUUGCCAGUAGAUUGUCUACUUGAUUCAUGAUGAUGACUGCUAGCUUGCUAGCUAAGAUGUUUAACGUAUGAUGUUGACAUGAUCAGUCCAAUAAAAGCUACUGUAGAUAUACAGUGGGGGAAAAAAGUAUUUAGUCAGCCACCAAUUGUGCAAGUUCUCCCACUUAAAAAGAUGAGAGAGGCCUGUAAUUUUCAUCAUAGGUACACGUCAACUAUGACAGACAAAAUGAGAAGAAAAAAAUCCAGAAAAUCACAUUGUAGGAUUUUUAAUGAAUGUAUUUGCAAAUUAUGGUGGAAAAUAAGUAUUUGGUCAAUAACAACAUUUUCUCAAUACUUUGUUAUAUACCCUUUGUUGGCAAUGACACAGGUCAAACGUUUUCUGUAAGUCUUUACAAGGUUUUCACACACUGCUGCUGGUAUUUUGGCCCAUUCCUCCAUGCAGAUCUCCUCUAGAGCAGUGAUGUUUUGGGGCUGUCGCUGGGCAACACGGACUUUCAACUCCCUCCAAAGAUUUUCUAUGGGGUUGACAUCUGGAGACUGGCUAGGCCACUCCAUGACCUUGAAAUGCUUCUUAUGAAGCCACUCCUUCGUUGCCCGGGCGGUGUGUUUGGGAUCAUUAUCAUGCUGAAAGAGCCAGCCACGUUUCAUCUUCAAUGCCCUUGCUGAUGGAAGGAGGUUUUCACUCAAAAUCUCAGGAUACAUGGCCCCAUUCAUUCUUUCCUUUACACGGAUCAGUCGUACUGGUCCCUUUGCAGAAAAACAGCCCCAAAGCAUGAUGUUUCCACCCCCAUGCUUCACAGUAGGUAUGGUGUUCUUUGGAUGCAACUCAGCAUUCUUUGUCCUCCAAACACGACGAGUUGAGUUUUUACCAAAAAGUUCUAUUUUGGUUUCAUCUGACCAUAUGACAUUCUCCCAAUCCUCUUCUGGAUCAUCCAAAUGCACUCUAGCAAACUUCAGACGGGCCUGGACAUGUACUGGCACUGCAGGAUUUGAGUCCCUGGCGGCGUAGUGUGUUACUGAUGGUAGGCUUUGUUACUUUGGUCCCAGCUCUCUGCAGGUCAUUCACUAGGUCCCCCCGUGUGGUUCUGGGAUUUUUGCUCACCGUUCUUGUGAUCAUUUUGACCCCACGGGGUGAGAUCUUGCGUGGAGCCCCAGAUCGAGGGAGAUUAUCAGUGGUCUUGUAUGUCUUCCAUUUCCUAAUAAUUGCUUCCACAGUUGAUUUCUUCAAACCAAGCUGCUUACCUAUUGCAGAUUCAGUCUUCCCAGCCUGGUGCAGGUCUACAAUGUUGUUUCUGGUGUCCUUUGACAGCUCUUUGGUCUUGGCCAUAGUGGAGUUUGGAGUGUGACUGUUUGAGGUUGUGGACAGGUGUCUUUUAUACUGAUAACAAGUUCAAACAGGUGCCAUUAAUACAGGUAACGAGUGGAGGACAGAGGAGCCUCUUAAAGAAGAAGUUACAGGUCUGUGAGAGCCAGAAAUCUUGCUUGUUUGUAGGUGACCAAAUACUUAUUUUCCACCAUAAUUUUUUCUCAAUUUGUCUGUCAUAGUUGACGUGUACCUAUGACGAAAAUUACAGGCCUCUCUCAUCUUUUUAAGUGGGAGAACUUGCACAAUUGGUGGCUGACUAAAUACUUUUUUCCCCCACUGUAACGUGAUUUGACGUCAUUUUAUCUGUGGCCAAUGACCUUGAGCCUUCUUGGGUUGGCACUUCUAAUGUAAGUCUAUUACAGCACCCAAGGGGCUUGAAUUUUUUAGCUCUACCUGUAGAUAUUGCGGUGACGUAGUGUCCCCAUGACUGACAGAACACUGAGCCAAUCACGGCGCAACUAGAGAACAUUACCAACCCCUACGCUCCAUAUUUUCCGCUGGCUGCCUCACCACCACAGAAAACACCUGCAUUUUGGAGCUGCCUUACUCAAGAAAGCAAAAAAAAUACCAUGUUUGUAUGCGGCUUUAAUAACUCAAUGAUUAAUUUUUUACAUUGUUUGCAAACUGAUAUGUGACACGAAUUAAUGCCAAAAUAAUAACAUGCAAAACAGGCAAAAAUAAUAAUAAUAAUAUAUAUAUAUAUAUAUAUAUAUAUAUAUAUAGUGAGGGAAAAGUAUUUGAUCCCCUGCUGAUUUUGUACAUUUGCCCACUGACAUAGAAAUGAUCAGUCUAUAAUUUUUAUGGUAGGUUUAUUUGAACAGUGAGAGACAGAAUAACAACAACAAAAUCCAGAAAAACGCAUGUCAAAAAUGUUAUAAAUUGAUUUGCAUUUUAAUGAGGGAAAUAAGUAUUUGACCCCCUCUCAAUCAGAAAGAUUUCUGGCUCCCAGGUGUCUUUAAUACAGGUAACGAGCUGAGAUUAGGAGCACACUCUUAAAGGGAGUGCUCCUAAUCUCAGCUUUUUACCUGUAUAAAAGACACCUGUCCACAGAAGCAAUCAAUCAGAUUCCAAACUCUCCACCAUGGCCAAGACCAAAGAGCUCCAAGGAUGUCAGGGACAAGAUUGUAGACCUACACAAGGCUGGAAUGGGCUACAAGACCAUCGCCAAGCAGCUUGGUGAGAAGGUGACAACAGUUGGUGCGAUUAUUCGCAAAUGGAAGAAACACAAAAUAACUGUCAAUCUCCCUCGGCCUGGGGCUCCAUGCAAGAUCUCACCUCGUGGAGUUGCAAUGAUCAUGAGAACGGUGAGGAAUCAGCCCAGAACUACACGGGAGGAUCUCAAUGAUCACAAGGCAGCUGGGACCAUAGUCACCAAGAAAACAAUUGGUAACACACUACGCCGUGAAGGACUGAAAUCCUGCAGUGCCCGCAAGGUCCCCCUGCUCAAGAAAGCACAUAUACAGGCCCAUCUGAAGUUUGCCAAUGAACAUCUGAAUGAUUCAGAGUAGAACUGGGUGAAAGUGUUGUGGUCAGAUGACACCAAAAUGGAGCUCUUUGGCAUCAACUCAACUCGCUGUGUUUGGAGGAGGAGGAAUGCUGCCUAUGACGCCAAGAACACCAUCCCCACUGUCAAACAUGGAGGUGGAAACAUUAUGCUUUGGGGGUGUUUUUCUGCUAAGGGGACAGGACAAAUGCACCGCAUCAAAGGGACGAUGGACGGGGCCAUGUACCGUCAAAUCUUGGGUGAGAACCUCCUUCCCUCAGCCAGGGCAUUGAAAAAUGGGUUGUGGAUGGGUAUUCCAGCAUGACAAUGACCCAAAACACACAGCCAAGGCAACAAAGGAGUGGCUCAAGAAUAAGCACAUUAAGGUCUUGGAGUGGCCUAGCCAGUCUCCAGACCUUAAUCCCAUAGAAAAUCUGUGGAGGGAGCUGAAGGUUCGAGUUGCCAAACGUCAGCCUCAACCUUAAUGACUUGGAGAAGAUCUGCAAAGAGGAGUGGGACAAAAUCCCUCCUGAGAUGUGUGCAAACCUGGUGGCCAACUACAAGAAACGUCUGACCUCUGUGAUUGCCAACAAGGGUUUUGCCACCAAGUACUAAGUCAUGUUUUGCAGAGGGGUCAAAUACUUAUUUCCCACAUUAAAAUGCAAAUCAAUUUAUAACAUUUUUGACAUGCGUUUUUCUGAAUGUUUUUGUUGUUAUUCUGUCUCUCACUGUUCAAAUGAACCUACCAUUAAAAUUAUAUACUGAUCAUGUGUUUGUCAGUGGGCAAACAUACAAAAUCAGCAGGGGAUCAAAUACUUUUUUCCCUCACUGUAUAUAUAUAUAUAUAUAUAUAUAUAUAUAUAUAUAUAUAUAUAUAUAUAUAUACACUACCAGUCAAAAGUUUGAACACACCUACUCAUUCCAAGGGUUUUUCUUAAUUUUUACUAUGUUUUACAUUGUAGAAUAAUAGUGAAGACAUCAAAACUAUGAAAUAACACAUAUGGAAUCACAUAGUAACCAAAAAAGUGUUAAACAAAUCCAAAUAUAUUUGAGAUUCUUCAAAUAGCCACCCUUUGCCUUGAUGACAGCUUUGCACACUCUGCCUGAAUGACGUGUCGCCACUGGUGGUAAUCAUGGGUUAUUUCGGUUCGUUGUGCUGUCCUGUGCACCUCAACAACAGUAUAGCAUUUUUGUGCCUUUAGGAAGUGAAGAAGACCUCUCUGUGAAUGAUUUGCAGGAGAAACUCGAUACUCAUCGCCAACGUGCUGGCGUUUAUCGCCGCCGGGUUCAUGGGCUUCUCCAAGCUGGCGGCGUCGUGGGAGAUGCUGAUCAUCGGGCGCUUCAUCGUGGGGCUCUACUCCGGCCUGUCCACUGGCUUCGUGCCCAUGUACGUGGGGGAGAUUGCGCCCACCUCGCUCCGCGGGGCGCUGGGCACUCUGCACCAGCUGGGCAUCGUCCUUGGCAUCCUCAUGGCACAGGUAGGCACUGUCCGUCGGGUGACUUUAUUUUUUAAAGCUAGUGAUACAGCACAAUCAUCUUGACAAAUAUGCUCUUUCCACCAACAUACAGUGCUCAAGUAACCUCACAACCUUACCACAGUGUAUUUCCAUGGUAGUUUAUCUUUCAUUGACGGCAUAAUUAGUGUCGUUUUUGUUUCUUACAGGUGUUUGGGAUCGAGUCGAUCAUGGGGAACUCCACUCUGUGGCCCUUCCUGCUGGGCUUCACAUUCAUCCCAGCCGUGCUGCAGUGUAUCCUGUUGCCCUUCUGCCCCGAGAGCCCCCGCUUCCUCCUAAUCAACCGCAACGAGGAGCUCAAGGCCAGAGAAGGUGAGCCUCCGACCAGCUACUGCUACAUCCUUACACCCUAUUCCCAUGGAAAGCUUUUGUUCCAGCCCUGCUCUAACACACCAUUCAACUUAUCAUGGUCCUGACCAGAAGCUUAUUAAUAGAAUCUGGUGUGUUAGAGUAAGGCAGGAACAAAAGGCUGCACCUCCAGUAGCUCUCCAGGAGGAGGGAAUGGAGCUGAGUCCUGAGUUGUGUAUUUCCCUGCAGUGUUGGAGAAGCUGCGAGGCACUGAGGAGGUGGGCGCCGACAUGCAGGAGAUGAAGGAGGAGGCCAGGCAGAUGAUGAGGGAGAAGAAGGUGACCAUCCUGGAGCUGUUCCGCUCGCCACUCUACCGCCAGCCCAUCUUCAUCGCCAUCAUGCUCCAGCUCUCCCAGCAGCUGUCUGGCAUCAACGCUGUGAGUGUGGGACACUCUGGGAGACACACACUGACAUGCAAAUACACACACAUGCUAACUCAUGCACACACACACUUCAAACUAUAUGAUCCACUCAAUUAUUACCUUUUUGUGCAGGUUUUCUACUACUCCACCAGGAUCUUUGAGAAGGCGGGGGUCUCUCAGCCAGUCUACGCUACGAUUGGUGCUGGAGUGGUCAAUACAGCCUUCACUGUUGUGUCUGUAAGUCUGAUAAACACUGUACAACAUCCAUAAAUAGGAGCCCAGUCCCAGUGAUCAUAUGAGCAUCUCAACAAUGUGUGAAGAUUUUAUGGUGGGACUGAAAUUGAUUAAAUAUGAUUAUUGUUUCCAUUAGAAUAGAUAAGGAGAUAUAUGUGUUGUCCAUCUGACUGUAACAACAGAAAUGUGUCUUGGAAAUGUAUCCACUCCACAAACCCCACUAACACCACCAUUCUUCUCCUCUUCCUCUCUCUCUUUAUUUAGCUAUUCGUUGUGGAGCGUGCUGGGCGACGAUCCCUUCACCUCACUGGGUUACUGGGGAUGGCAUUCUCAGCUGUCCUGAUGACAGUAGCCAUGGCACUGCUGGUAUGUAUAAUGGCGCAAUAAAAAAACAUUCAAAAAAAUCACUGGAUUUGUAUAUAUCAUAUUUUAUGUACAUGACUACCUCAGCCAGCUUCCUCCACUGAUGUUCCCCCAUGUUUUUCCUCAGGACCAGCUGCCGUGGAUGUCCUACGUCAGCAUCAUAGCCAUCUUCAGCUUUGUGGCCUUCUUUGAGAUCGGCCCGGGCCCCAUCCCCUGGUUCAUUGUGGCUGAGCUCUUCAGCCAAGGUCCUCGGCCCUCUGCCUUUGCCGUGGCUGGAUUCUCCAACUGGUCGGCGAACUUCAUAGUGGGCAUGACCUUCCAAUACGUUGAGGCAAGGAGACAGAAAAAAAACCUCACAGAUUUCUGGGUUACUGCCUUGAUGGCUCUGUUACAUAUGUAUAUUAAUUAUUAUAAACUUUGUAGUUUGGGUCCUGGAUGCUGAUAGGCUGAAACAGCAUUUCAGCUGUGUGUAUAUCAGACAAUAUACCACGGGUUUAUGUUGGUAACCAGUUUAUAAUAGCAAUAACGCAUCUCUGGGGUUUGUGGUAUAUGACUUAGCGUUGUGCCUAAGAACAGCUCUUAGCGAUGGUAUAUUUAAGCAAUAAGGCCCGAGGAGAUGUGGUAUAUGGCCAAUAUGCCAUGGCUAAGGGCUGUUCUUAGGCACUUAUGACUUUAUGAAUUGAAACAUUUGAAAAUAAUGUUACUUUUCUAUCUUCUCUGUAGCAACUGUGUGGCCCCUACGUCUUCAUCAUCUUCACCUUGCUGCUGCUGGGCUUCUUCAUCUUCACUUAUUUCAAGGUGCCAGAAACCAAGGGACGGUCGUUCGACGAGAUCUCCGCCGGCUUCCGCCAUGAGGCCGGACAGUCAGGGGAGAAGUAUGCGCCUGACGAAAUGAACAGCCUUGGGGGAGCCGACUCCCAACUCUAA